AUGCCGACGUUCAUGGAGGCGUUCUGGAGCUUGGCCUCCCACGACAUCACGGACACGCUCGACAAGGUCGUCGAGCGCGUGCUGGGCGACCAGUCGGUGGACGCAACGGGGCGCCGACGCCGCGCGGAGGCACUGCGGGACCUGGGCGCGGCGUUCGUGGCGCAGGCGGAGGCGGUUGCCGCCCCAGCCCGCGCGCGGGGCGCCGCGGCGGGCGGCGUGGCUGGCCAGGACGAUGACGAGGCCAAGCGGAGAAGAUUCGAGGAGGCUUUCGUGGCUUCCAUGGGCGGCCCCGGAGGCCGCCCGGACGAGUAG